AGUGGUGUAAUGUACAAGCCUGGUGCCACCUCGCAUCAGGAGGGUACCACCAUGCAACCUGUACAGGAGGGUACAACCAUGCAACCUGUACAGGAGGGUACCACCAUGCAACCGUCCUGUCCGUCUCUGGGGGACAGUGGGGUGUCCGGUCCCAGCUCACCUAUCUCAGAGUCACGCUAUGGCCUACACCCUCAGCUUCUACCCAGCGCUGUGCGUGUGAUGGAGGAGGACAGGACAGCGUGGGAGGGGAAGGUGUUUGUGUCUGAACCCAUCUCUUCUCUACCUCCGCUGGCUACCACCGACUGUGUCGUGGAGGACAGAGGUAACUGCAGUCCUCGGUUCAUCCUUUCUACCUCCUACUGCGUUCCGUGUGAGGGCCAGACAGCCCUCCAGAGCCACCUACCCCUGGGGGCCCUAGUCACCCCUCUGGCUAAGCUACACACAGGAGAGUUGGAUGGCAGCAUUACCAGCCAACACAGGGAGUAG